AUGGGUGAAACCCUUUGUCACCAGCAGUGGUGUACAGCUCCACCUCUACUAGUGGCCCAGAGAUAAAGCUCCUGGCUCUCUACCAUCAGGUCAGAACUGCAGAAGACUUGGCUAAAAAGAGGAAUCGUCCUGAAGUUGCAAACAAUAGUUCUGCUGGCUACAACUUGGAUCAUUUGACUACCAAAACCUGGAUGAAUGAGAAUCUUCAUAGACACUCAUCACCACUCGAGAUGAACAUGAAUGAUAUAAAGGGAGAGGACAUCUAUGACUUUCUACCAGAGCAUUUGUCUACAAAAUUGAAUGGUACCUGUACAUCAAUUUGCAAGGAAGAACCGUGUUUGUCUCAUGAAAUUAAAGGAGGGGAGAAGUCUCAUAACAUGCAAUUUAGUGGUGAUGAGAACACUACUACAAUGCAGCCAUCAACUCCAUCACAACAGGCAAUACCUCUGAAGAUGAUUAAAGAAGAAGACAUUUAUGAUUUCCUCCCAGAAUAUUGGUACAAAACAAAGGAGGAAGAUCAUGAAACUGACCCAUCGUACAUGAAAGAAGAAGCCCUGGACAUGAAAAGGGAAACGGAGUCUUCUCUAAUGGAAUACAAUGGAGAUGUGGCCCCAAUAGGUGAACACCAGACAGCUCAUACUAGCACAGACCAACACCAGUGUACCACAUGUGAAAAGAGCUUUAAAACAAAACACGACUUAUCGAAGCACCGGAGAACCCAUGUACCGGGAAAUACAUGGGAAUAUGCCACAUGUGGAAAAGGAUUUGCACAGAAUGGUUCCCUCAUCAGGCACCAGAGAACCCAUACUGGAGAAAAGCCCUAUCUGUGCACUACAUGUGGAAAGGGCUUUGCAGUGAAAUGUAACCUCAUCACCCAUCAGAGAACCCAUACUGGAGACAAACCAUAUCAGUGUGCCACAUGUGGAGCAGCCUUUUCACAACACAGCACUUCAGUUCACCACCAGAGAACCCAUACUGGAGACAAACCAUAUCAUUGUGCCAUAUGUGGAGCAGCCUUUUCACAGCGCAGCACUUUAGUUCACCACCAGAGAAUCCAUACUAGAGAAAGGCCUUUUCAGUGUGCCACAUGUGUAAAAUGCUUUGCAAAAAAAGCUCACCUCAUAGCCCACCAGAGAACCCAUACUGGAGAAAAGCCCUACCUGUGCACUACAUGUGGAAAAGGCUUUGCAGUGAGAUACAGCCUCAUCACCCAUCAGAGAACCCAUACUGGAGACAAACCAUAUCAGUGUGCCACAUGCGGAGCAGCCUUUUCACGAAGCAGAUCUUUAGUUCACCACCAGAGAAUCCAUACAGGCGAAAAGCCUUACAAGUGCACCACAUGUGGAAAAGGCUUUGGACAAAAACAUGAUCUCCUAACACACCAGAGAACCCAUACCGGAGAAAGGCCUUUCCAGUGUUCCACAUGUGGAAAAAGCUUUGCAAAAAAAGGUAACCUUAUCGUCCACCAGAAAACCCAUACUGGAGAAAGGCCUUAUCAGUGUGCUACAUGUGGGAAAUGCUUUUCAAAGAAAGCUAACCUCAAUAGGCAUCAGAAAAUCCACAUUGACAACAGCAAUGCUCAACAUGCGGAGCUGCCUUUCCAAAAUUCGCCUCUUUAGCUGUUCACCAGAGAACCCAUACUGGAGAAAGGCCUUACCAGUGUUCUACAUGUGGGAAAUGCUUUGCACAGAGAGCUAACCUCAAC